GACCACGCAAAAAUCACCACAAACAUACGCACCUAAGACCAACGACAACAAGAGAACCCAACAUCACCAACAACACACCCACUCCAAUGACAAAGGGGAAAAAACCUAAAGGAAACUCAGGACAACACACGCUGACCCCCGACCCUCACCAUUAUUCCCCACACCAAACUAAACAGACGAGAAAAGACCAAAGCCGCAAAUUACCCAAAACUCAAUGCCCACAACUAAGAG